AUGCCUCAACACGUCACAGUCGGCAUCGUCGGCGGCGGCGUCGCCGGCCUAGCCCUAGCAAAAAUGCUCGAGAUGCUCGGUAUUUCCUACAUCCUCUACGAAAGCUACCAUACAAUCGCGCCCAAUGCCGGUGCCAGUCUCGGUCUCAUACCCAGCGGUCUGCGCAUCUUCGACCAGCUGGGCGUGCUUGAUAAGAUCGAGGCGUUUUCUGUCGACCACGACCGAUGGGAGCAUCGUGAUGGAGAGUCUGGGAGGCUUUAUAGAAGGACUUCUGUUAUGAGAAAUUACCCUUCUUUGUUUGGAUACGGUGCAUUCUUCAUGGCGCGCCAGGAUGUACUGAAGAUUCUCUUCGACAGCCUCGAAGACAAAUCACCCGUCUACGCAUCAAAGCGCGUUACUUCAGUUCGAGACCUAGGCGACCUGGCCGUGGUCGAGGCAGCCGAUGGCGACUCGUUCACCUGCGACUUUGUCGCCGGCGCAGACGGGGUCCGCAGCACCGUCCGCGAAGCCAUCCACGCGCAGACAGCCAGACCUCCUGCACACUACCUCCGCGCCUCAACUGCAUGCGUCUUCGGCAUGUCAACCCCUCUCCCCCAGAUGGCCGCCGGUCAGUUCUUCGCCGUCUACAGACGCAAGGUUUCCGCACUCGUCUUCGCCGGACUAAACGGCAAGCUGUACUGGUUUCUAUUCAAGCAACUAGAUGAGCCAUUGGCGUAUGGACCGCAGAGAAAGUUCACCGAUGCUGAUAUCGACGCCGUGCAUAUCGAACUCGCCGAUACGAUCGUCACAGACGGCGUCCGGAUCUCGGAUGUCUUUGCGCGGAGGGAGGUUGCUGUUAUGACGGCUUUGGAAGAGGGUGUUGGGGAGGAUUGGUUCUGUGGGAGACUAUUCCUGCUUGGGGAUUCUGCUCACAAGAUGGUCCCGCACGCUGCAAUGGGUGCGAACCAAGCGAUGGAAUCCGCCGCGUGCUUCGUUAACAGCCUCCGACGCACAAGGCCGAGUCUAGGCAAAGAGCAUUGCCCAAAUAUCAGCGCACCAGAAAUUCAGCAGUGCUUGUCACGCUAUGCUGACAGGCGUAAGGACAUGCUCAAGGCUGUUGUGCAGGCGGCAACUGCAUCGCGCAACAACCAGCUUAUGGUUGGCUCCGCGGCGCAGGAUUUCCUGCGUGUUCUGCCCGAUAUUCGGGAGGAGGACAUGCUUUUGAAGCCGCUGCAGAGCCUUAUUGGCGCUGAGAGGUUGGAGGAUUGGAUGUGUAGAUCUGAGCGGGUGGAGAAGUAUACAGAGGCGUCGGGGAGGGCAUUAGAUAUCUUAAACAGAGGAGGCAGCCUUGCUGAUUGUGGACUACAGGGUGGAUCUAAAUAA